GCUUUUUCUGUAAUCGUGACAGAAACAAACAUCACAUAAAAGCUGUGAUAGGUUAAAGAACACUGCAUUUGUUGGUGGGUUUUUUAGGAAUAUGUAUGAAUUCACCCAAACUGAUUAUAUAAACAGUAAUCCGGUGUCAACGCUACAGCCUGUGGGUUAUUAUAGCUCGUCUGCGGCUCUCGUGGCACUUCUUAAAAAGUGAGAAUAAAAAUCUUCCAGUGUGUCUCGAGGUAAAUUAAGUUAGAGCUCACAUGUCCUGAGAUCUUAUUGGUAGAUAUUGCAUUCAUGGAAACUGCAUUAUGGGGCACGACGGUGAAGUCAUUAAGAAGCUUACAGACGUUCUAGCAGAUUAGGUUUUUCUCUUCUAAUCCUGUAGAUUACCACUGCACAUGCCUGCUGGCCGAGAGUGCUUCGUUGCGCUGCACAGUUUCUUUACAUUGAUCAUUUUUUUGUUGCUGCCACAACACCGAACGCCGUCGACGAAGAGGGAUACAAGCAGGAGAGCGAAGGAGAGGUCAAAGUGCAGCAGAACUACAGAGGGAAAACAAAGCCGCAGGCGGGACGAAGCUUGAAAAAAAACCUAGAUGAGGAAAGGAUUUAGGGAUAUGCUCUGAGUUGGAUUUACUGAAACACAACAUGGAUUUUUGUAAAUAUUACAUCAUGGAGAUAUUUUUGUCUGUUGACAGGGUAUAGGUGGCAGACAAAACUACUAACGUCCAUCUAAGUGGAACAUUGGCUGACCAAAGAGGAUCAUCUCUUUUGCAGACUAAUGCAAAUGGUGUCCACCACUUUUCUGGAGUGAAAUGGAGACAGAGCCAUGUUGUGAGGAGCAUAAGGACUCUGCAGCGGAGUCUAUAGAGCCUGAGGUAAAAGAGGCAGAUUCAGAGCCUGCUAACAGGGAACGUCUCAAUGAGUUGUCCCAUGGGCCUGCAGAGGAAGGAGAGGAGCUGUGUGGGAAAGAGCAGGCUGAAACGGAGAGCUGUGCAGGGAAGAGUGAAAAUACGGAGAUAAAAAGCCCCUCUGAUCCUGGGGGAGAGAGUGGAGGGACAGAACUGAAGGAACGGAGGAAACUGAAGAAAACAAACAGUUGGAAGAUGGUACGAUUCCAAGAUCCAUCGGAGGAUGACGAUGUUUCGGAGAGGGACAGCUCAUCAGAGAGUCUGUUUCCAGAUUAUGCAAUAAAGGAGUGGACCUCUGCAACCUUUGAGGAGCUGUUCAUGGCAGAAGACUGGAAGGACAUCACAGACGACCGGCUGUUGAGGAAGAAGGUGCUGAAGUGUGGGACCCUGCAGGCCCCACAUCCCACCUGGGGCCAGGAGGUGACUGUGAAGAUGCAGUGUGUCCUGGAGGACCGCACUGUGGUGGAGAAGGACUGCAAGCUCGUCUUUGUUAUCGGGGAGGGAGAUGUAAACCAGGCCCUGGAGGAGUGUGUCAUGUCCAUGCAGAAGGGUGAGAUCACAUUACUGCUGGCAGAUUCACAGUACGCCUAUGGACUUCUGGGAAGAGAGCCUGAUAUUCCAGCCUGGGCUCCUUUACUCUACCAGCUGCAGCUGCUGGACAUCAGAGAGAAACCAGACCCACUAACUCUGCCCAUCGCCGACCGCAUUCGCAUCGGCAACCAGAAACGAGAGCGAGGAAACUUCCAUUUCCAGAGGGAGGAAUACAGCAUGGCUGCCAGGGCCUAUUGUAUAGCUCUGGAUGUGCUAACCACACGCAGCAGAGAUGGCAGCGAUGGGAGCGUGAAGGCAGAGGAGGAAGAGGUGCAGGACUACCGGGUGAAGUGUUUGAACAACCUGGCCACCACUCAGCUCAAACUGGAGCAGUUUGAUGAGGCGCUGCACACCAGUCGGGACGUUCUGACCCUUGAGCCAAACAACGUCAAGGCCCUUUUCAGGACGGGAAAGCUCCUGUCAGACAAGGGUGAAUACAAAGAGGCGAUGGAGGUGCUAAAAAAGGCCUUGAAACUGGAGCCAGCCACCAAGGCGAUUCACGUCGAGUUAUCUAAACUCGUCAAAAGGCAAACAGGAGGCAAAGAUACCAAAGAAUGGAAAGCAAAACCAGCAGAGAUGCUUGGAGAUGACAUCACACCUUUCCUGAUUCCACCUAAGAAGAAGCCAUCUGGAAUUUCCUGGAAGUUCAUACUCGGAGCUCUGGUUGUGGCCUUGGGCAGUUUAGUGACGUCAGUGAUUCUGACUGCAAGAAACUGAAAUCCUCUGCAGGAAGCACUUUGGAAACCAUCACCAAGAGCAAGAGCAGAGUUCGGUCUCCAGUCCUCUAUAGUCAGCUCAUUUGAAAAGAGUUUUCUACUGCGAGCACAAAGCAGCAGCACUGGAGCCUGAACUUGCAUUUAUUCGACUUUCAUGCAGUGCAAAAAGCUUUCACUAAGAGUUGAAUAGAGUGAAUUCUUAAUACCAACAGAGAUUUCCACUGAUCGAUAACACAGAAGUGUCUAACAGACGUCUUUCCAGUUCAAUCUGUUUUAUUUGGAAAAGGGGUUACAUUUCUUUUUGUCAUAAAAAACCCGCCUUGGAAUCAGGUCACAGAUGCUCAAGAAAAAAAAAAAAAAAAAAAAAAAAAAACUAAA